GCGUUGUCGUAGCUGCUGCUUGCUGGGGACACCACACACGUCCCUCGCAGCCACACACUUGAUGAAUGAUGGUGGCGGCCGGGAGGCUCCGGGGGGCGAAAUGGCGAGAUAAAUAGGUUCAGGGAGGCGAGAGGAGGGUAGCGGCAGCCAUUAUUAGCUGGUGGAGUGGUGGUGGUGCUUCCUGUUGUGUGGCUCGUGUUGUGCCUCCUGUGUAGCGCCUGUUGUGGCUCCUGUUGUGGCUCGUGUUGUGGCUCCUCUACGCCAGCAACAGUGACUUGGGCACACUUGUAACUCAUUAAUGUCAUUAUCUUCGUACAACCGUCGUCAACUUUACGGGAAACAUAAAGAAAUAACGAGUUUCAAAACUUGUGCUUAACCUGCUGUUUUAAUAUUUUAAGAAGGUGCAGCUAUUUCUGGCCUAUGAUGCGAUACUGCUAAACGUCUCUAUCAGUCUCAUUGAAGUAUUGUGUUAAAACAUGAUAAUCAAAGGUCCAGAUUUUAUGUCCAGAGUAACAUAUCAUCUUGGGUUCCUAACCGCUGACAAGGGUCUAAUUAGGACUUUGUAUCAUUAAAUUUGCACCUCAGUACUGUAAUCUUUGUUUUGGUUUUAGCCAAAAAAGAGCACAAUUUAAAUGUUUUAAAGCACCAAGUCAUAUGGGAUUAUAGAAGUAAAGCUACCACUUUCCCGAGUUUACCCGAGUGCCACUAACACUAGUGGCCUUGACGAUGACAGGAAGCUGGCCGGUUGUCGAAGGUGCCCCUAUUUGCCUUGAUGAUCUUUCCCAUCAGUUUCCGAUCUAGCUUUGAAAGUUAGCAGAGUUUUGGCAUCAGUGGUUUCAGCGGAUAGGCAGUUCCAUAGGUUAAUAACCCUGUGUUGAUUAUUUGUUAAUUAUUGAGAGCAUAUGGUGUUCCUCAUAUACAAAGCAAUUCUUCAAGGGGCUAAUGCAUAAUACUGUACUACUUAAUUGAUGGUAGGUUAGACAGUUCUGUUUCUACUAAUGUACAAAAUCUUAUCUGGCAGAUAAGAUACAGAUUGCCAUUUGUACUGGAUGAACAUAUGGCUUUUCAUACAUAGCUAAAUGUUUGGUAUGUUAGGAGAGUAUUUACCUAAAGGCCACCAUCUCUAGUGUGUUCAAUUGGGGCAGUAAGCAGGUGGCUUGUUGAAGAUCUUCCUCAUUGUUCAUGAAGACUUUAUACAGCUGGAUUUUGAACUGCAGUAAUGUCUUGGCAUUUACGGCAACGGAUGGAAGGGAGCCAAGGAGGGGAAACGAUAAGUGACAUACAUAAUUACCUCGACACGUUCAAUAAGGAGAUCCAGACUGGAGAUCAAACACCUACAGCCGAUGUUGCUCGAGUAUUUGUAGAUGCAUCUGGUCAAUACUUUUACCAAAAUGUUGAUGGGAGCCAGCAGCAGGUGGUGGUGGUGUCGUCUGAUGGAACAGAUGGCUCAGAGGGGGAAGGUGGCGGUGCUGAUGGUUCUGUUAUGUUGAAUGGUGAGGAGGACUCUCUCCAUGACGAUGGGGACAGUUUGUCACAAGGGCAGGUGGCACUUGGCGAGGAUGGCACUCUGCAGGUCAUUCCUGGCAUGGAACAGGGUGAAGGCAACAAUCAGGUGGUUCUUAAUACAGGAGACAACAAUCAAAUAGUAACUAUUGUUCCUUCAUCAACUAAUCCUGGUGAAGUCAGUUAUGUUUUGAUCGUUGAACAGUCUGGUGAUACUGACAAAGAUGAUACUGUGUAUGAUUUUAACGAAGCGGAUGAAGGCCUAAGUUAUGAAUCUGGCGACGAAGAUGACAAGAAAAUGAUGCGUAUCAUUCAUAAAAAAUCACAAACAGUUACUCAAGCCCAUAUGUGCAACUAUUGUAAUUACACCAGUCCAAAAAGAUACUUACUCUCAAGACACAUGAAGUCUCACAGUGAAGAACGGCCGCAUAAAUGUUCAGUCUGUGAAAGAGGGUUCAAAACUUUAGCGUCUCUUCAAAAUCAUGUUAAUACACACACAGGCAUCAAACCCCAUAGAUGCAAGUUUUGUGAAAGCACCUUUACAACGUCCGGUGAGCUUGUUCGGCAUGUUCGCUACAUCCAUACCCACGAAAAGCCGCACAAAUGUCCAGACUGUGAUUAUGCUAGUGUGGAACUUAGCAAGUUGAAACGGCACAUGCGCUGUCAUUCUGGAGAGAGACCCUAUCAGUGUCCACAUUGUACCUAUGCUAGUCCCGACACAUUUAAGCUGAAGCGACAUUUAAGGAUUCACACCGGAGAAAAACCUUACGAGUGCGAGAUCUGUCAUGCCCGUUUUACGCAAUCCAAUUCUUUGAAGGCCCACAGGUUAAUACAUACAGAUGUUGCAUCAGGGAACAAGCCGGUAUAUGCCUGUGAGCUAUGCCCGACGACGUGUGGACGGAAGACUGACCUCAGAAUACACGUACAGAAGCUCCAUACCUCGGACAAACCCUUGAAGUGCAAGAAAUGUGGCAAGGCCUUCCCAGAUAGGUACACCUUCAAACAGCACAACAAGUCUCAUGAAGGAGAAAAGUGUUUUAAGUGUGAUCUGUGUCCUUACGCUUCAACUUCUGCAAGACAUCUAGAGUCCCACAUGCUUGUACAUACUGAACAGAAGCCUUACCAAUGUGAUCAGUGUGACCAGGCCUUCCGUCAGAAGCAGCUGCUGAAGCGACACCAAAACCUGUACCACAACCCAGAAUACAUCCCACCCAUGCCCAGAGAAAAGACGCAAGAAUGUCCAGAAUGUGGCAAGGCAUUUAGACAUAAAGGUAACCUCAUUAGACAUAUGGCUAUCCAUGAUCCCGAUGCUUCAGCACAAGAAAAGGCACAAGCACUCAAAAUUGGAAGACAAAAAAGAUUACAACUUAUUAAUGGUCAACAGGUGGAGAUGUACACUGGUGACGUUGAUGAGGAUGAGAUAAUGGCCGUAGAGGGUCAGGACGGUAACCAGUAUGUCGUCCUGGAGGUGAUACAGCUUCAGGAUGGCGAAGGUCACGUGAUGAUGUCUGAUGGUAUUGCUGUCACUGAUGGUACGCUUGAUGGCUCAGGGGUGUUGAGCUCCUCACCUCUUAUGGGCCCAGAAACAAUAACUGGAGAUACUAUAGGUUUAGUUUCCGAGUCUUCUCUUUUGGAGCUUCAGCACAAGAAAACCGAAUUAAAAACGGAAAUUAGUGAAGAGGCCAAGAAGGAGGCUCAGAAGGAGAUGGAGACAUGCUUUGGCUUUGACGAUGAGGAUGAAGGGCAAAUUCACCUGGAAUUUGGAGAAUGAAAAAGGGAUCAAUAUGGAAUUAAGUAUAUGCAUAAAUUGUAUAUGUGCAGAUAAGGUUUCUCUUUGAAGUCAUAUGCUAACUUUGUGACAUUUGUGCUGUGAUUUAUUUUUGUGGUGCCGGCAUGAUGAGCAGAGCAAGUCUGCUUGAGCUUUAGAAGGAAUUCCUGCUAUUAGUGAGACAUGGUAGCUUUACUCCAGCCAUGAUCUGAAGACUGUUGAACAUGAACAUGGCUGGAGUCUCCCACCACUCCUGACCUGUUUAUCAGGUUGUACUGUAGUCAUACUUCAAGAUUCCAUAGUAGUCUACAUCAACCAAAUGUAUUUAUGCUUAUGUGAAUUAUGUUUGCCUCUGUGAGGCAUUGUAUUGUGUAAACUGAUGGUAAGAUGUGAUGUCAACUUCAUUGACAGUUUGAAUUGGGUUCACAGCUUGCACAGCUUACCAAGUCUUGUUUCAAUUGUAAAUAGCUUAAACUAUUUAAUUAUUUAGUUGUUUUCUUCAUCCUUGACAUUAGGGAAAUUAUUAAGUAGUCUAUACAUUUUUUCAGUAACUCCUUGCCUUGUAUUUAAUUUAGUUGUUUUAAACAUUAAAUAUCUUGUUUCAUACCUUUAAAGUUUGUUCAGAGCAGGAGAAAAGGUAGUGUACACGAAUUCAUUCUCAAAUAUUGUAUAAACCAAAGCACUCAAUUUAUGGAAAUGUAGGCAUUAUGUCUUUUUAUAUUACAUUUUAUAUGCAUGGAAUACAUCUUCUAAUAACUACAGUACAGUGUAUUUAUAUUUCUCGACGACAACAAUUUACUGUAACGGUAAAAGGAUGUAGGGCAACAGAAUGAGAUGCAAUAGGUAACAUUUGUGUAACAAAACAAAAAAAUGUUGUGCGUGUCUACAGGUAAUAUAAUGAAACCUUUAACUUUUUGUUUGUAUCAUGGGCACAAAUGUUUUAUUUGUAAAUGAAGUGUUUGAAAUUUAUAGUCAAAGGACAGUGGCCUGUCUGUUCAAAUUAAAAAAAUUACAAAAUGGUAACAACAAAAAUUAUAGUGCAAUAUUUUUAAGUUAUUAAAUAAUAAUUUAAAAAGUUUAUAUAGUGUAAAUAUGUAAUUAUAUUCUGUAGCUAGUUAAGUAUGUUGUAACCUGAACACACACACCUGUUGUACUUUUUUUUUCCUAUGAAUUUUCCUCAGGAAUAAAAUAAAUAUUUAUUAAAA